AUGCCUACCCUCGGAUUCCUCAAAAAGAAGCGCACGAAGGACUCGGGCGGCUCAAAGGACCUCGACUCGCCCACGUCGCCCACCAAAGAAACCCACCCGGGCUCGCCCACCACGCCCACCGCCUCCAAGCACCGCACCUCGGGCUCCUUCCACCUGACCAAGACGCGCACCAACGACUCGUCGCACGGCCACCACCUUAGUCAGCAGCAGUCCCUCCCCCAGCAGCACCAGCAGUCGCCGCCGCCACAGUCCCAUGCCCCCUCGCCCGCGCCGCACAAGCCGACCGACUCGAUGAACCCCGCCUACAGCCCGCAGCCCGUCGCGAGCCCGCACAGCAACCCCCAGCCCUCGCACAACCUGCCCAGCAUACAGAACCUCAUACACCCCACCAACACCAACACCAACACCGCCCCGCAGCAGCAGCAACCACAACCACAACCACAACCACAACACCAACACCAACAGCAGCAACAGGCAGGCGCCCCCGCUAGGAAUGGCGGCGUCCAGUUCACCUCGCAGCCCCUCAACCAGACGCGCGUCACAAAGGGCAAGUACUCGCUGACCGACUUCACCAUCCAGCGCACCCUCGGCACCGGCUCCUUUGGCCGCGUCCACCUCGUCCAGUCCAAGCACAACCAGCGCUUCUACGCCGUCAAGGUGCUGAAAAAGGCCCAGGUCGUCAAGAUGAAGCAGGUCGAGCACACAAACGACGAGCGCCGCAUGCUGCAGCAGGUCAAGCACCCCUUCCUCAUCACCCUGUGGGGCACCUUCCAGGACUCGAAGAACCUGUACAUGGUCAUGGACUUUGUCGAGGGCGGCGAGCUGUUUAGCCUGCUGCGCAAGUCCCAGCGCUUCCCCAACCCCGUCGCCAAGUUCUACGCCGCAGAGGUCACCCUGGCCCUCGACUACCUGCACUCGCACAACAUCAUCUACCGCGACCUCAAGCCCGAGAACCUGCUGCUCGACCGCCACGGCCACCUCAAAAUCACAGACUUUGGCUUCGCAAAGGAGGUGCCCGACAUCACAUGGACCCUCUGCGGCACCCCCGACUACCUCGCCCCCGAGGUCGUCGCCUCCAAGGGCUACAACAAAUCGGUCGAUUGGUGGUCUCUCGGCAUCCUCAUCUUCGAGAUGCUCUGUGGCUUCACGCCCUUCUGGGACGGCGGCUCGCCCAUGAAGAUCUACGAAAACAUACUCAAGUCGAGAGUCAAGUACCCGCCCUACAUCCACCCGGACGCCCACGACCUGCUGCAGAAGCUCAUCACCCCGGAUCUGACCAAGCGACUUGGCAACCUGCACGGCGGCAGCAAGGACGUCAUGAACCAUCCCUGGUUCGCAGAGGUAACGUGGGACAGGCUGCAGAAAAAGGACAUUGACGCGCCUUACGUCCCGCCUGUCCGCGCCGGUGUUGGCGACGCCAGCCAGUUCGACAAGUAUCCCGAGGAGACGGAGGCGUAUGGUCAGGCUGGCGACGACCCGUGCGUGGCGAAACCUCCUUAUGACAUAGAACACGUGCUAAAAUGUCCCAAUAGGCAUGGACACCUUUUCCCAGACUUCUAG